CGAAGUCAGUUCAUUCGCGACACUCGACCGUAUCGCUCGACUCGCGCUCUCGAUUAAUCGAUAGUGUAUCGUAGCAUCGCGAUUAUUAUUCACAAAGUAAAUAAAUAGUGUUGUGAUUUCUGGAUAGAUUUUGCUUGUGGUGUGUUCCGUUGGAGCGGGCAGUUCUUUUAUAUUUUAAGACCCAGUGAUGUCCAUAUAGUUCGAACAUGGCGUGUGUAGGUGCAGUGCUUUUGGAGGCGCGGUCAUUCAGACCGUUCCGCUCCUCGGAGGAGUACCUAUAUGCUAUGAAGGAGGACCUCGCUGAAUGGAUGACGGUCCUCUACCCGGAACUCCGGAUCAAUGCUGACAACUUUUUGGAUAGACUGGACACGGGCGUCGCUUUGUGCAGGCAUGCAAAUGCCGUUCGAGAAUCAGCAAAGUUGCUGUUGGAGUCCGCUGCGCAGGAGUCUGAUGAAGCGGUUACCCUCGCGAAAGGCCUGCGCUCCCGGCCACCAGUCAACAUGCUUCCAGCUGCAAAGUCUGGAACAUUCUUCGCCAGAGAUAACUUAUCAAACUUCAUUGACUGGUGCCGCUAUGCUUUAGGGAUUCUGGAGUGCCUCCUAUUUGAAACAGAUGACUUGUGCUUGAGGAAGAACGAGAAACAUGUAGUGCUAUGUCUUCUAGAAGUUGCUAGAAAAGGCUCCGUGUUGGGAAUGCCGGCACCGUUGCUAGUUCAAAUGGAGAAGCAGAUUGAGAGGGAAUUGGCUGGGGAGGAGCUGCGCCCUGAUGAUUCCGCGUUAGGCCUGGUGCCUUCCGGUCCUCAGCCUCAGUUGGUGACAAAUGAUUUGAGGAGUUUGGACGAGAGAGUCAGGGAUCUGGUGGAGAGGUGCUCCUGCCCCACGCAGUUCCCUAUGGUGAGGGUGUCGGAAGGAAAGUAUAGGAUUGGUGAUUCGAAGAUUCUAAUCUUCGUCAGGAUUCUCCGCUCUCACGUGAUGGUCCGCGUCGGUGGAGGCUGGGAUACACUAGCUCAUUACCUCGACAAACACGACCCCUGCCGUUGCAAAGCCCAGCACCGCUCAACACUUUCAGCUCGUCUAACCAAACCCAAGCAGAACCUCGUCGGCGCCACUGUCACCUAUGAGAGAGACCCUGGCCCUACCUCAUUACCCUACUCCAAAACUGAGAAGAAUUACGCAGAACCUAUGUCACUGCCAUAUUCAGCGAAGCCCUAUGAAUCUACCACUCGAAUUUACCAAUCAAACAUGUACAGCGACCCACCAGCAAGUCUGCCGUUCGUAGAUACAGAGCUAGUGUCAUCACCAAGCAGGAAACCGUUAGUACUCAGAACAAGUCCAGACAGGAAGAGUUCAUCACCAGAUAGAAGAACUAAAGUCGUCACCUCAACACAUUUAGUGCCUACUCCUCUAGGAAUUAGGAAUAAGAGUCCCAGACCAGUGUCACCAGCUCCACAGGCUGAGAGCGCAUCUGAUAAUGGGUCUGAAGUGUCUGAUGAAGGGUAUAGGAGUCUAGGCGUGGUGGCCGGGUCUACACAAGGAUCUCCAUCGAUCAAGACCAUGUAUAGAUAUUCAAUUCACAGCCAGAAUUCAAUUGAAGAUGCUGAAGAUAAUGAGCGUCUCGACCAAGAUGACGGCUGUCCUGUAGACAAGAACGAACGAGACGAUAUUUACGUUAGCCGCGCGACUGGCCUUCGAAAGACUGAUUACUCCGACACAUUCUACGGAGGCAAAAAGACUAGCUCAAUAGAAGAUAAGUCGAACAGAGCAAGUCCAGAACGAAUAAUAACAGAGAGCAAUAACUCUCCAAGUCAAAAUUUGAAGCCAACCAGAGAAGCCGCAGAUGUGGCAGUGAGGUCAGUGAAAGGGCGCCAGGCCACUCGUAUUCCCCAUUCACCAGUUAGAAAUAGAACGCCGACUCGCGCCAACACUCCAAGUCCUAAACACACACCUAAUCCAGUUCAAACAUCGCCUAAACUGGCUCCCAAACUUCCACCGUCAUCUAGAAACACCUGGAGCGGCAGGACCGCUCCGAAUCAAGCAAAAACAAAGUCUAGGCCAACAAUAGGAGCCGACACUUUUGAUAAUCCAAAUAAAUCUCCCAAAGCAAAACCUAAAGUUACACAAACGGAAGCUUUUAAGAGGAAUUCUCCUCUUAGGGCCAGUAGUGCAACAUUAAGAUCCCCACCCAAUAGCAAAUCAUUAAGUCCUCUAUUAGAACAUAUUUUAAAAUCAACGGAAACAGCAAAAGACGACGCUACAAUUUUGAAAAAGAUGAAGGAAAUUAUCCGAACCUACUCACAAGGCGAAGAGUCUUUAUCUAGGACUAGUUCCAAAGAUUCAGAUUAUGCUGACUUCACGUCAGCAUGGGUGAUGUCUGAUGGGAAGCUUGAGAGAUCAACAAGCACAAGACAAUUGGCCUCACCUAGAAAAGAUCAAAGAAAUGGCCCGUCAAGGAUUCCAGCGCCAGUCUCGAUUGGCUGCAGGAGGUCUACCUCCACAUCUCAGUUCCAAUGACAGAACUCCCUUGGAAGCGACGGGACAAGUGAGAAGUGACCCAAAAACAGCUGACAAAACAGAAGCUAGUGAUGUGACGAGCUCUAAGAUUCAGUUGAGAUUUGAUGUGAUAACAAAGAUAGUGUUGGCAAUAAUUGAAAAGAAAGUUUACAUAAUGAAGGUUUUCGAUUGGAAUUUACAAAUUUUUAAGUUUAUAACAGACUUAUUAAAAGGCUAAUAUAGUCUACUAGAAAUUAUUUAUAAUAUUAUUCAUAACUUUGUGAAUGUAGUUAUAGUCAACUUUGUAAUUUAAUAUUUGAUAAUUCGUGAUACUCCAUACCGUAUUCCGGUAGAGUUUAUUAUAAAUUAUCGGAUGAUCUUUUUCUGUCUACUUAAUCUGUUUUAGUACUAAUUAUUGUAUUGAUUAGAUUAUAAUAUACUAACAAUGAUUGCGACUUUUUAUUCACGAAACAAACAGGAAAAUAUUUAGGUUUAUUGACAACUGAUACAAUAUCAGUAUCUAUAAAUCUCCUAUUUGUUUCUGUAUAAAUAGUCGUAAAUCUAGAUUCGCUCUAAAGUUGGCUAAAAGAUGGUGCUAAGUGAUGAGAGUUUGUUUUAUUUCUAAUUUAAGUUUGUAUCACAAAUUGACAAACGUAACUCGUAAGUUUUAUGAAACUAAACUAAAACAUUUUCUAUUAUUUACAAUAUCGACGUUUACAUCUUGUAUUUCGUUAGAUAUGAAUAGAAAUUAUCUAAUUUAAGUUUAUUACUUAUAUUUACCCGAAAAUUUACUUUUAACAAGAAAAAAAAAAUU